AUGGCUUCAGUAAUCGUGACCGCGGCAUUGCAAGUCUUGCCAGUACUGCCUUUUCCUCCAGUUUUAGAUGCCAGCACACCCAAGGCACGAGGCAUUCAUACGGUGAUUGAUGUACGGCGGCCGGUCCGCGUCUGCGUUUAUUUUGCUCAAAAUGUGACCGUGGUCUGGCGUCCCUUGCGUGGUCGUGCGAUUCUCCUGCUCAAUAUGUCUCCUAUAUGCUCUGUAACUAACCUUUUAGACUUUCAAGAUCUCUUUGACACGCCACCCGUCCUCGUGGCGUCUGAUGAUUUUCUCCUCCUCGGUGCAACAAAACGACUGAAGACGAAUACCAAAGGAGGUCUUGGUCGAGCCCCCAUCUUUCUGAUACCUCCCGAGUGGUAUGAAGCCAAGGCAUUCGCAGUCAACGGUGGAGGAAAGACCUCUUUUGAUCGGGGAAGUGGGUCUGGUAUGGAUGCGAGUGAUUGUUUUUUGAACCCUAAAUUAUGCAUGACCAUACAACAGAUCUUCCACUUCGGAACGAACGCGUCCGGGUUAUUGCUGUAUUUCAGCCAUCGCGCUGACGGAGUACCUUCUGAUUUGUCACACGGGGAUAGCAGACAAGUGGCGGUCUCGGAGCUCGGUCCCGACCGAAAGCGUUUCCGUUCGCUUCCCCCAACAGUGACCAUACCUCCAGAUUCAACGUAUCGAGUGUGUUUCGAACUUGGUAUUCGUCCUUGUCCUGCCAACUGCGUGGCGCUCUAG